CCCACGUGCUUGUUCGCCUGACGCCGAUCUCCCUAGCCGAUACGGUUUCGCUCGAACGGGCUAGGCGACCGGUUUUCUCUGUCUCUGAGGUUAAGGGUUCUAUUCAAUUUGGCAGGCGAUCUUAGCGUGGCGGCCGUUUGAGAGCUGCUGCAAGUAGUUGGUUACAGCAGGGAGGAGCCUGAGAGGGAGUCAGAGCGUGCUCCAAUCGACUUCACCAACAUGCGCCGACUACUGCACCGGAAAGUCGACCCUGAAGAGCAGGCCAAGGAAUGGAGGCGAAGCAUCAACCACGAGGCGAAAACGGUGCGAGCGCUUGAGCGACAGAUCGUUUCCCUGGAGAGGGCCGAGAAGAAGGUUCAGAAGGACAUCAAGACCAUGGCCAAGGAGGGCACCCGCAACGAAAAGGCCAUUCGACUGCUUGCGAAGGAGUUAGUCAUGUCGCGUAACGCGAAGAACCGCAUGCACGAGGGAAAGGCACAGCUUCACUCCGUCCAGAUGCAACUGCAAAACCAAAUAGCUUUGAUCAAGGUGACCGGCGUCAUCAAGAAGAGCACAGAGAUCAUGGCGUCCAUCGGAGAUUUGGUGAAGAUUCCUGAGCUGCAGGAGAAUAUGCUCCAGCUGGCAACGGAGAUGGAGCGCGCGGGUUUAGUGGAGGAGGUUGUCGCCGAUGGACUUGCCCUUACAGACGCCGAGGGACUCGAUGCCCAGGCAGACGCGGAGGUCGACAAGGUUAUCGCCGAGAUUACGGAAGGGGUUCUCGAAGGGGCGGUGGAUGCGCCGACGGCGGUUCCCGAAGCGGCAGCGGUUGCGGCGCCUGCUGCUGCCGCUGAGGAGGAGGAGAAGGCGAACGCCAUGAAGGCUCGGUUGGAGUCUCUGUGAAGCGUGAGCGGCAAUGAUGAUACGCUCUCUUUGUGGGAAUGUUGCGUCGGGUUGCGGUACAAGUUUCAUACUCAGGUGUAUGGUCGUUAUCGAAAAUUGGGGUGCGCACGAUGUAAAAAGGAAAUUCUCAACAAGAUUGAUUGGGACUCUCUCUCUUCCGACUACGGGAGGGAGGGCGUGUAGAGAGGUGGGAAGGUCAACACCAUAAACGCCCCCUUUGAUGUUUGGUUGAAUGUGCGUACGCAGAGGACUUGCAACGCUUCUGGUGCUGUUCUUUUCCAAGCGGUUGCAGUUAACAUCGAAGCGGUAGUAGUCACGCCGCUUGCUGCUGGUGCUGUUACUGCGGUGGCCGUUACAGCCAAAGGGGGUGUUGUGGUAUCAUCGGGUGGCAUGCCGUGUUUUUGGUGCACGUCGUUGUGUGCACACAAGCCAGCGUGUUUUGAAGGCGCACCGGUUGCGUGCGGCAGCAACCAUUGAGCGUUUCUGCUCGGUCGGCUUGAAGUAUACCUCGUUGUGUUGUGACCGCAAGGCAAGGCAAGACGUACGUACAUUCGGGAGAAAGACGCGGAGAAAUAUCGAGCUCCAAAGAUUAGGUUCUUUGCACGUCUUGCCGAACUAGCUCGUUCGGCUGUCCUCUUUUGUCCUCCGUACCUUCCUGCUAUGUCCUUGACGAGAACGCGGUUGGUCUUGACGUUGUGGACGUGCUGGUCGACGACAUGUCCGUGCCUGAAUGAAUCCGAUGACCGUGUACCAAAGGUGCUGCACCCUUGAUUAUCGACCCCUGACUGCGGGAUGCGUGGGGGCCUCGACUUUGGACCCGAUAGGGCCGAGAAGGGGGGGGUCGAGACCUUCCCGCUAUUGUUGUGUUAUAGGCGAUGGAGAAGGUUACUGCACUUGUAGCGUAGAUGAGCACGGCAGGUCGUACCGGGGUUGGUUUGCGUUUAGCGUACGCUCUUCAGGGCUUGCUGUAUGUUGGCCUAGAGCUGGGGCGUGCAUACUGCAGACGGCAACAGCGUGGGCGUGAAACAUUGGUAUAGUAUGCCUGUUGUACGGCCGUGUUGCUCUUUCGCCAUACACCAUCGUGCACGCAACUCACGACAUGCUCGAGCUUCCAAAACUCAGUGUUGCUCUUUCACACGCAUGGGCACCAAUCCCCUAACCGAGCCCAGAACUCUCGUAGCACAUAGUCGUGGCGCCUGGCUGACGCACAGUUUGGUGUGAUUCAGCAGACCAACCGCGUGUAUGUAAAUGUUAUGUGUAGGUACAUUAGUGUUUGUGUAGCAGUCUUUUGCUCUCCGCGGGGAACUCGAUUUUUUUCGUUUGACCGCGCUUUUUCCGAUGAAGGAUUUGUUGUUGGUCGUGCCUGUCGUGGAAGGAGGAGCUGCUUGGUAGUAUUUGAUGCUUCGGAAGGUUCAUACCAGCAACGAAGGGUUCCAAUGCAAGUGCGAGAGGUUUUGUACAGAAGUCAGUUUCGGGGUCACGACUGGGCUGUCCUUCCAUCGCCGGUGCAACAGAUCCCAGUGUUCCUGUGAAUCAUUUUGUGCGCUUUACGAUCUCGUAGGAUAGCAAUGGGACAUAGUACUCUAUCGAGACGGCCGAUCACUGGUGGAGCCAAACGUUAAUGCAGGAGACACCAAUCACAAUGUGCUCUUGGAAAUCC